AUGGCUAAUCGCUCCGGCAUUGUUCCCACUAUAGCUAAGUUCGAAACUCCUCAAAAAUCCUAUGUCUUUUCAUUAAUUAAUGGGGUGGAGUUCCUAGCUUUUGACACGAUGAUCUUGUUUCCCCUUCCCAGGAAGGUUUGUGUUUACCGGAAAACCUUCACUGUUGGACUCCGCCUUCCACUUACUGACUUCAAGGAUGAACUUCUGCAGAAGCAUGGUUGUAGUAUCCAGAUUCUCACUCCAAACUCUUUAAACAAUAUGGUGGCGUUUGAGAUGAUCUAUCGUGCUAAUGAUAUCCUUCCUGACUAUUUCGUCUUUUUGUUUUCUUCCACUUUAGCGCCACCGGAGAUAAGCACACGUUAUGUGCCCAUCGUGGUGGUCAUGUUCUUGUCCCAUAUGGUAAAACGCCAAAGAAUUAGCAGGACAAAUGGCUAUGGGUUCAUUAGGAGCGAGUUGGUUGUGAGUAAUGUCGAGCGGUCAACUUCUUGGAUAUCACUCCCAAGCUGUUCUCACACAACUGAGUUGCUGCCGACCUCUUAA